CACUAAACAAAGUGUUUUUUGUUCCAACCGAUUUUAAAGAGAUGUCGCUGGUCAAGAAGCACGUGUUGGGAUUCUCCUCAAAUGGAGGGAAACUAUUUGCCUUGAUUGAUGAGCAGGGCACAUUACGAAUAUGGGACACUGAGACGAAUGCAUUGAAACAGGAAUUUACACCGAACCUUCAAUUAGCUGCACACUGCAUAGCGCUCACGUGGGUAACAAUUGGCGCUCCUUGUCCAAAGAAGUCGCGCAAAUCCCAGCCACAAAAGACUUCCACAGACGACGACAAGCUUUAUUUAGCACUCGCUACGGUUAAGGGAACAGUCGCUCUCUAUUCAGUGGCAGAGGGAAAGAUUGAGCGCAUACUGGAAAAUGAAAGCCACGACGGGCCUGUCACAUCGAUUGCCUAUGACAACGAUGGGCACCUGUACACUGUGGGGGCAGAUUGCCGCGCCCUGGUGUGGUCAUUAGCCGAGGAACGCUGCACUGGCGAGUGGCCAGUUGGGCCCGAGAAGCCGCUGAAUAUUGCAUAUUCGCCAAAAAGCCGCACACUGGCCGUCGCUUCACGCCAAAUUAAAAUCUUUGAUGUGGAUAAAAAGGAGUUGGUGGAAACAUGCACAGGACACUCGGGAGAAAUAAAUGCAAUUAACCACUUUCAAUGCAACAAUAAUGAAUACGUUAUUACGACGGCCAAAAUGGAGCGGGUCAUAUCGUUCUGGAAAAUUGACAGAAAAGGCAGGAAUAAGGCAUCGGUGUGUACGCUAUUAAUGGAGGAUGUGGCCCAUAGCUUGGCGUGCGAGGUGCGUGAAGAUGGACAGUUGCGUGUGGCAAGUGUGACGCGCAAUGGCAACAUACACAUAUACUUGCUCAAUGCGGAUAGCCUGUCAGCGGAGAAGUACAUUAAGCCUAAGGUUUCACUGCAAAUUGCAUCAGAUGGAGCUGACACCGUGGAACCUAUUUAUGCUGUAGCCGCACACUUUGUGCAUGACGCCCAACGCUCUCACGAGAUACUCUUUGGAUAUGGCAGUCGCCGCCAGCUGCAGUUCGAACGAUACACUCCCAAUUACGCUGAGAAGCUGAACGUCAUUGUGCGCGCCGAUCCCAAAAAAUUGUACACUAAGAAGCAGCGCAUCGAGCACAGCACGGAAGCUGCCCUCAAGUCGCAAACACCUGUCGUGCGUCCCAAUGACGUGGAAUACAAUAGCGCCUUGCCCAAGUCCAAAAAGAAGAUAAAGAACGAGGUGCCCAUGGAGGCGCGACUGCAGAAUUUGACUAUCCAGGCGACCAAUCUGCCAGGUGGCAAGCUGCAAAGCCAGAGUAAGACGCAACUAUUGAUGCAAGCCCUACACAGCCAGAACCAAACCAUGUUACAUGCCGUGCUGGGCACAAACAAUGAGAAUACAAUACAAUUAACAUUAGAUCGUUUGCCACUUGAGUAUAUAAGCCCGCUGGUCAACGAGCUAUCGGUGCUGCUACAAGGAAAGGCUGCCAAGGUAAUGUGUGCCUUACGUUGGCUGCAGAUCUUAGCUACAACACAUACGAGUGUCAUGAUGUCAGAGGAUAAGGAGGAAUUGCGCGACAAGCUGGGUGUCUGCCUAGGCAUUGCGGAGCAACGUCUGCAUUGUAUUACAGAAGCACUGCAAGUUUCUGGAAGGGUUAACUUGAUUAUAAAUCAAAUGAAGCGUAACACGGACAAUCAUUUAAAUGAAAACAAUGUUUUAGUUGUGGACGAGGAUCCUGCAGAUGAAAAUCCUACGCACUUGGCCGAAAACAAUUGGAGCGAUUUGGAGGAGCAAGAUAACACAAACUACGCUUUCGAUGAUGAUGAUAAAAUGGAGGCUGACGAUGACAUAGCAGCCGAUGAAGAGGAUUUGAUAAUGACACAGAAUUCUUCAGAUGAAGACGAAGAUGCAGAGACUACAGACACAGAUGCAUCUGCUGGUUAACCCAUCUGUUCCGUCUCAG